UGAAAAUAAUUUCAGACAACGAUUGAAGAGCUAAAAAUAUAGUUCAAACAGGGUAAUAAAGCCUUGAAGCAGCAUUCAUCCCGCGGACGGAGCAAUUGCACAGGAUUUUGUAAAGUUUUUUCCGCUUAAUCUAAACUUACCCAGUUUAUCAUGCGUAACCUUCACACAGCAGCUGAAACAUGAGCAGUAAUUCAGACAACCUGAAGGAUGCCUCCACAGCUGCAGUGAUCAACAGUGCCAAAGCCCCAAUAACAGAGACACUCUCAACAUCCCCGAAAUCUGGCCCCAUCAGCAACAACAAGAGACCCCAAUCGAAAGCAGACAGAAGCUCAUCAGCGAGCAAGGCCAGCAGAGAUGCUGUCAAACCCUGGUGGUUGACGACGCAAAAGAAUUUCCUGGGUCGACUGGGUCAGCAUCAGGACAUGAUGAUGGAUUCCCGCAGGACUUCUGCUGCAACUUCUGCAGUGCCGCAGUCUCCGCAUCACAUCAUUACCCCGCAGGGUGCGACUAUUGUGCAUGGAAGCAGUGUUGCCCCCGGACGGCGGUUCAAGUUGCCCAGAAGUGCGCAUGACGUCAUCCCUGAUGCGCGACUAACUGCCAGAGAAUUUGUGUAUCUACUCAGUGGGUUCGUCCUGUUGUUCCUCGCUGCUUCAGUCACUGCCAGGGACUUGAGCAUAAUGGUGAACCUUUUGGCUUUCAUUUAUCCGGCAUUUUUCUCCAUCCGGGCUUUGGAAUCCAUGCGACCUAGGGAAUUGGAAAAAUGGCUGACCUAUUGGGUCGUUUUCGCGUUCGUCAACAUUGGCGAGCUUUUCAGCGACAACCUGCUCUGGUGGUUCCCUUACUAUUGGUUCAUGAAGAGUACAUUCAUGGUAUGGUGCUUUUUGCCGAUCGAGAACAACGGCUCCUUCUACAUGUACGACAACAUGAUUAGGCCUGCUUACAACUCGAACGGAGACGAAUUUGAAGCGAUGAUUGAUGCAGUUAAGCACAACUUUUUGAAAUUUUACAACACCGUGAAAGACAAAACUGGAGAUUUCGCCAAGAGGUUAUCCAGAGAGGAAAACGAGCGGGCUGAAGCCAGAAGUCGAAUUGAAUCCAGCAGUCACACUUCCAACAAAGCCUCCCCGGCAUCCAAAGGAAUUUACGCUUCAAGCUCUCAAGGAACGAAGCCGCCUUCGUCGAAUUUGGACAAACAGGGCUCCAACAGUGGCACAACCAGUCACAGACCAGGUGCAGGAAGCUCUGCUAAUCCUCGAAUCAUCUCGAAUCAGGAUUCUGCACUCGACAAAACCCCGAUAGAAAUCGACCAUGGUGCUGGUGGGCCAGGGACUGUGGAUGCGGGCUCUGUGACUGAAAACCGUGUUCUAUAUCUGAGUCCACUGAAGGACGGUGGAGUCGAUCAGUCGGGCAAUUUGGUGCCAGGCUCUGUGGCUUCAAGAGCGCAAGAGCCUGGAAUUGAUGAGAAUAAGACCCGUGUCAUUGAAGACCCAAUUGACAGGGUGAUUCGGGAUUGGCAGGAGUCCCCAGCUGGUGGCUCCAGGCCCAGAGCGUGAGAUCUUGAACUAUUGAGAAGAGCUGCGUCCAGCACCUGAUGAUAAGCACAUCACUGCCAGGAAUUUCAUUAAAUUGGAUUAAUCGAAAAUUCUUCGGGUGUGUUUCAGUGUUCAAAAUCAAAACAAAAAAACUCCGUCCUGAAGAUAAAUAAAGCCUCAUUUUAUCAAAAUGAAUA